GGAUCUAAUCUUCCUCUCCACCUAGUCAGUAUUCCCCUUUUUGUCUCCCCCCCUCGGCCCUCAUCAUCAUUCAUCAGGCAUCAGCUAUUAGCCUAUUACUCCGUCUUGGCGUAGUUUCGAAAAUCAAAGAGACGAGGAUCGUAAGCGAAAGAAGAGAGAGAAAAAAAUGACAGAAGCAGUAAUCAGGAAUAAGCCAGGAAUGGCCAGUGUGAAGGACAUGCCUCUCCUUCAAGAUGGUCCUCCACCCGGUGGUUUCGCACCCGUCCGUUACGCUCGUCGGAUCCCCACUAAGGGUCCCAGUGCUAUGGCCAUUUUCCUCACUACUUUCGGCGCUUUUGCUUGGGGUAUGUACCAGGUUGGCGAGGGUAACAAGAAACGUCGGGUAAUCAAGGAAGAGAAAUAUGCUGCUCGUCGAGCUAUACUGCCUUUGCUGCAGGCAGAAGAGGAUGAAAGAUUUGUCAUAGAAUGGAAAAAGUACCUAGAAGACGAGGCCAGAAUUAUGAAGAAUGUACCGGGCUGGAAGGUAGGUGAGAAUGUAUACCACUCUGGAAGAUGGAUGCCUCCAGCAACUGGUGAGCUUCGCCCUGAAGUUUGGUGAGCCAUUGUGUUCAUGUGUUACUUUUGAGGACAUCAAUUCAAUCCCUUGCUGGCAGCACAAAUUUGUUUGCUGCCUUCUUAUAGGGUACUAAUAAUGUAGUAUCCCAAACUUAUUUCUUUUGCCCUCACAGUGAGUGACUAAUUUGCUGCUGUUAUAAAUAUGAUGAAAGUGACUACUGUUUUUCUUGUCC